CCAGGGCCAGUCACUUGCCGUUUCUCCUAACAGCCUCAGAGAGAAAGAACUGACUGAAAAGUUUGAGAUGAGGAAAGUUCUCCUUCUGAUCACAGCCAUCUUGGCAGUGGCUGUUAGUUUCCCAGUCUCUGAAGGCCAGGACCGUGAAAAAAGAAGUAUCAGUGACAGCGAUGAAUUAUCUUCAGGGUUUUUAGUGUUCCCUUACCCCUAUUUCCCAUUUCCAUUUCGAAGAUAUCAAAGAUAUCCAUGGCUUAGAUAUAAUUUUCCUAUUCCAGUAAGUGAAUCUCUUCUUACAACUCCCCUUCCUGACGAAAAAUUAAACAAGAAGGUAAAGUCAGAAUAAAAUUGAAGAUGAAAUAUGUGGUCACCUAAAAUUAAAUGUGAGCCACUUCCUUGAAGAAUCAAAAUUCCUAUUAACAAAAGAAAAACAAAUGUAAUUGAAAUAGCACACAGCAUUCUCUAGUCAAUAUCUUUAGUGGUCUUGUUUAAUAAACAUGAAAGAAAA